AUGGCCCUGAUUUGUAUCUUCUUUCUUACCAAUUUAAAACGCACUCGUUUAAAUGAUAAAAGCGACGGGAGUGACGAUGAAAAGAUAGAUAGCGACUACUCAGAUGAAAGUUCUACCAAGGAUAGAAACAAUUCAAUUCUGUCACCUCAGCAGCAAACUAAUGGAAAUGGUGACAACAGCAAUAGUAGCAAGUCCGAUUCUAAAAUGACAUUGAUGAAUGGAAGUAUGUUAGUUGGUGUCAACGGUGAAAAUCGAUCUCAUGAUUCUCCAUUGAAUGUUCUGUAUCGUGUUUUUCCUCAUCGCAAUCGUAGUUUUCUUCAAUUGAUAUUACAAGCUUGCAAUGGCGAUUUAGUUCAAGCCAUCGAACAAAUUAGUCGUAGUCCAAUUAAUCGUGGCUCCGGUUUACCACCAUCGCAGUUGAUUUCACCAACGACAGCACCCUAUUUGGCUUCUUCAUUUGUUCCACCAACAUCCUUAUCAGCAAGCAGUCAACCAAUGCGGUUAUCUUAUGGAUCGGAUAGUUUACUAACGAUGGUGAAUCCAAGUUAUCCACCCCAUCUGCCGCUAAACAAUUUUACUGGAUUUACAUCACGCGAUAUGCAGUCACAGCAAGUUUCUCAUGCCUCGCAAGAAUAUGAUGGUUUUCCUUUGCCGUCUAGCCUUGCAACACGCGCGAUUGCUGCUUUAACAUUACCUUUCCUAACCGUUGGCCAGGAAAUUAGAUUUAAUGAAAAUAUAAAUCAGGGACUUGGUUUAUCUUUUCUAGUAUUUUAA